AUGAAGCGCGGCUCGAACCUUGUUGCUCUCUCCAGCCUCACUUUUGGCCACCCGACAUCCUCCCAACUUGUGCGGCGGAAGAGUUCCUCACCAGCCGAGGAAUUGCAGCGCAGAGUGGGGCAGCUUGUCGGCAAGGGUCAUGUUGAUGAGGUGGCACAAGAAGUUUGUGUUGGUCUGGAGAACUCAGUCUUUUCGAUGAAGGCAUUUGCGAGUGCCCUGUUCCUCUGUGAGAAAAGACACAAGGAGAGUAUCGGCAUUGAACUGGUGCGAAAAGUGCAGGCAUCACAGAUGGUGGAAUCAUGGACAGAUGAAAGCGUUCUUGCCGUUAUACUUCGUCUUCAGUGUGCCGUGGGCGACGUCCCUGCUGCGACGCAAAUGUUUUCAUUCAUGGUUUCUAAAAAGCUUCUGCGUCUUCGCAGCGUUUCAGUGUUUUUGGCCUUCUGGUGUGGGCGUGGGGAUCGUCGCAUGGCGUUUGCCGUUUACGAAGAGGCAUUGAGGCAGGGUAUUGAAUUGCGUGCAGCGGAAUACGUUGAACUGGGUCGGCUCUGCGUGGCAGUUGGUGAGCCGGUGUCUACACUGCAUUUCAUGCUGCGGGAGAUGCAGGAGCAUGUGCUGACCGUGCCGGAGGCGAUGGUGACGGAUGUGAUUUGUCCGUGGACGCAAGCGGCGGGAAUUCGCAUGGCAGAGGUGCAAUUCCCACACGACGACGCCACCCGAGAGCCCGGCACUUGCUCCUUUUGCGGGUGUGUGCUCAGAGGCCAUCGCUUCACCGCAGCACAGAAGGAAAGGCUUCUCAGUGAUGUGAUGAACGUUGUGAUGAUGGCACCACGAGGCAACCCCACACGUGUGAAGGUGGCCUUUGAGGCAUGGCGACGGUUUAUCUCAACCCACGGGCAACGUAUCGACGUGCUGAUUGACGGGGCUAACUUGGGUUACUACGGCCUGAGCAGCUGGUACGAGGAAGCGAAGCGGGCACUGUUGCUGGCGCGCGGCAAGAGGGCGGAGGGGAUCAAGCCGAAAGAUGUGAAGUGGACGAAACAUGGUCCUGUGGAUGUUACCGUGAACUUCCACCUUAUCGAUCUUGCGGUGCAGGAGGCACAACGUCGUGGUAUGCGGCCGUUGAUCCUCCUGCACGAAAGACACUGUGAGCCGAAGAACAUGACAGAAGAAAAAAAAGUGAUCGUCGCCAAGUGGCGACGCGAGGGGAUUCUGUACUGCACCCCGAGCGGCCUCAACGAUGAUCUCUGCUGGCUGUACGCAGCUUUGGAACUUACCACACCGACGGACACCACCGCCGCCGGCAGUCUGGUUGAAAAGACAGUCUGGGUGCUAACCAACGAUCUCAUGCGAGAUCAUCACUUCAAGCUGCUUAGCCCUCGUUUCUUCGCUCGCUGGCGGGAUCGGCAUCGCAUCGCGUUCAAGUGCUCUCGGGAGGAUGGCCGCACGCUUCUGCAUUGGGUGAUGCCCGAGUCGUAUGCGCAGUGCAUACAAGAGUUGAAGCCCCUCACAUGGCACAUUCCCGUCACACCUCAAGAAGACACCAAAUCCUGCGCGGAGGAGGAGGAAAGAGAGAAGGCUAUUAGUCAGGAGGCGCAAGAAGAAGAGGGAAAUGAGGAUAAGGACGCGGAUGAUGGAGUGGUAGUGCCGCCUAGGCCCGCAAAUCGCUGGGUUUGUGUGGGUUAG